UCCUCAUUUAUUUUCGUCGGAAUUUCGUCGUCUUUUGAGGUAGGGAGAAAUGUCAUGGAUAAGAACGGCGGUGAACAGAGCGGUGGAAGUAGGAGGCAACAACAACCUGACACGCACCGUAAGGAGCUACGCCGAUUCCGUUGUGCAACAUGCAGGGUCCGCCGUCGCGGGAGGUGCCAAGAUGAUCCAGUACCGCAUUGCGGCGAGGAAUAUGCAGAACUUUCGGCUAACCGUGAAGAGACUCGAGGAAGUUUCGGUGUCAUGUAGAGGAGUUGAGAGAGUUCAGCUUUUAAGAAGAUGGCUCGUCGCCCUAAAAGAAAUCGAGAGAUUAUCUAAUGACCAAAACAAUAAAGAUAUUACUGACGAUGAAAAUACUAACAACAGCGACACUACAAAGAGUAAUGACAACGACGAAAACGCUGAUGAUCAGUUUUCUUUCGAGGAGUUCAAGGAUCCUCCUAAAAAGCCAAUUUUGGUCUAUUACUUUGAUCCUCAAAUCAGCCAACCAAUGAAUUUCCGAGAGGUUUUUCUUUACAGUCAAGCUCUUGAAGGCAUGACGUUGUCUAUGAUUCUUGAAGCACCAAAUGAGGAAGAGGUUUCACUAUUUUUGGAGAUAUUUAGGAUCUGUCUUGCAGGAGGAAAGGAAGUUCAUGAGGCAGUAAUGAGCAGCAUAAAGAAUUUAGCAAUGGCAUUCUCAAACUAUCAGGAGGAAGUGCUGGUAAAACGAGAAGAAUUACUCCAAUAUGCUCAAGCUGCAAUUGCAGGGCUCAAGAUAAGUGCUGAUCUUGCGAGAAUAGAUGCUGAAGCCUGCAGUCUAAAGGAAAAACUUGGAGAAAUGAAGGCACUCCAGAAUCCUUCAAGUGAAGGUCAUGAAGAAUCACCUGAAAAACAAACUGCUGCAAUGAUAGAGGCUCUUAAAGAAGCUCUUGGACAAGUGAGGCUAUAUUCCAGAUUGGAGGCACUCUUAUUACAGAAAAAAUCUUUAAGCAACGGGGAUUCUCCAAAACUUCAUGCUGAAAAGGUCGACAAAUUAAAAGUUUUAUCAGAAUCUCUCGUUAACUCAACCUCAAAGGCUGAAAAGCGCAUUGUAGAGCACAGGUUUCAGAAAGAAGAAGCUCUCAGCUUUCGUGUUGCUAAAGCCAACGAAGUCAGCCAACAUGAGAAGGAACUAGAAGAAGGGAUUCAGAAGCUUGAGAAGCAAAAAGAUGAACUUGAAGCUGAAUUACAGAAGGUCAAUGCAUCACUUACUGCUGCUCGAGCACGCCUUCGCAACGCCAAGGAAGAGCGAGAGCAUUUUGAUGAAGCCAGUAAUCAGAUUCUGUUACUCCUGAAAUCAAGGGAAGAAGAAAUUUCAAAGUCGCUUGCUUCAUGUAGAGUAGAAGCAGAUGUCGUUAAUGCAUGGAUUAACUUUCUGGAAGAUACAUGGAUUCUCCAAACCACCUACAAUGAACAAAAGGAGAAGCAGGUCAAUGGUGAACUAGAGAGAUAUGGAGAAUAUUUUGUGAAUCUGGUCAUUCACCUUCUAUCUGCUUACAAGGAACAACUGGAGCGUUCCAUCUCACAUAUUAGACAACUGGUAGAGAACUUGAGCUCAAGUGAAAGGUCAGGGAGAGCAGCUAAGGAUGAAUCUCAAAAAGGUCUUAACCAAAGGAAAAAUGUUGAAGAAGAAUAUCUGAACCUUGAAUCCAAGAUUUCAAAUACCUUAAGUGUAGUGGAUUCAAUGAAAACACAGUUUUAUUCUCCAAAUGAAGGCAUUCAGAGGAAAAACAAUCAAAGGGUCAAAGAGCUAUUUGAUAAUCUUGAAAGCAUUAAGGGAGAAUUUGAAUCCAUUGAGAGACCAACUUUUGAAGUUGAAACUCCAAGUCAAAAAUCACAGUCACCAUCCAGCGCAAAGGCACAGAGAAGUCCAUGGUCGCGAUUAAGGUCUUCCUCAAGGAGGGCAGAACAGAAGAAACUGAAAUUUGAAUUCGAAAAUGACGAUGGAGAAAGUUCAGAGUACGAGACAGAGGAGAUUGUUGAGUGGGAGUAUGAUGCAUUUGAAAAGGAUCUAAAACCCAGCAACUAACCAAACCAACCAAAUAUUGCCUAAUUUAUCUGGCAGAUGUUGUUAUCAUGCAUGAAUAUGCCUAUGAAAAGAGGUGAAGCUAUCUUCUGGCUCCACUGCUCUAUGUAAUUGUGUAAGAUAUCUAGUUACU